AGUGUGUGACUGAAAGAGGCAGAUUAGGAGAGCAGAGAAGCGGAGCGAGAUUAUUAGCAGUGAGAGGGGAAGAGAAUUGCAUUGCAGUUUUUACGGCAAGCUCAGAAAGAGGAAACAAACACGCAAAUUGCAUUGUGAAGUACUGAACGUGUCACAGAGAAGUUGAGAUUGUCAAGCAAGGCACAAACGCACACACAAACAUGACGACUUAAAGAGGAAGAGGACGAGUCCUGUGGACUACAGAACGAAUGCUGUGAGAUACUGAGACAUGACAGGCAGGCUGGUUUGGGUGUGUGUAGCUUGACCCACACGCUGAAAUUGGGGAAGGGAGAAAAGCUGCAAACACAGAGCAGAAACACCUUCAUUCUGAGGACAUGGGGAGUGUUAGUGAAUUGUGUGUGACUAGUUUCCAAGCUUUCUUAUGUCCAACGUUACCAAGGAGUCUUUCAGUGCCUGACGACCUCACGCCUGAGGAGCAGAAAGAGCUGGAAAACAUCCGCCGGCGAAAGCAGGAGCUGCUGGAGGACAUUCAGCGUCUGAAAGAUGAGAUAGCCGAAGUGACCAGUGAGAUCGAGAACCUGGGUUCCACAGAGGAGAGGAAAAACAUGCAGAGGAACAAACAAGUGGCAAUGGGCCGCAAGAAAUUCAACAUGGACCCCAAAAAGGGGAUCCAGUUCCUCAUUGAAAAUGACCUUCUGAAGAACACCAGUGAAGACAUCGCACGCUUCCUCUACAAGGGUGAAGGUCUUAACAAGACUGCAAUAGGAGACUACCUGGGAGAGAGGGAUGACUUCAAUAUCCAAGUCCUUCACGCUUUUGUGGAGCUGCAUGAGUUCACAGAUUUGAACCUGGUUCAGGCUCUCAGGCAGUUUCUCUGGAGUUUCAGACUUCCUGGUGAGGCCCAGAAGAUCGACAGAAUGAUGGAGGCGUUUGCCCAGCGCUACUGCCAAUGCAACCCCGGCGUCUUCCAGUCCACCGACACAUGCUACAUUUUGUCCUUCGCCAUCAUCAUGUUAAACACCAGCCUUCACAACCCAAACGUUAAGGACAAGCCCACAGUAGAGCGUUUCAUCUCCAUGAACAGAGGCAUUAAUGAUGGAGGAGACCUUCCAGAAGAACUGCUCAGGAAUCUAUAUGAGAGCAUCAAGAACGAGCCCUUCAAAAUUCCUGAGGAUGACGGCAAUGACUUGACACACACUUUCUUCAACCCAGACAGAGAGGGCUGGCUGCUCAAACUGGGAGGACGCGUCAAAACCUGGAAAAGACGGUGGUUCAUUCUCACAGAUAACUGCCUUUACUACUUUGAGUACACUACUGAUAAAGAACCAAGAGGCAUCAUCCCCCUGGAAAACCUCAGCAUCCGUGAAGUGGAGGACAAGAAGCCGAAUUGCUUUGAGCUCUUCAUCCCUGACAAUAAGGACCAGGUGAUCAAGGCAUGUAAGACAGAGGCGGACGGACGGGUCGUCGAAGGAAACCACACUUUCUACCGCAUCUCUGCUCCCACCGUCGAGGAGAAGGACGAAUGGAUGAACAGCAUUAAGGCGGCCAUCAGUAGAGAUCCUUUCUACGAGAUGCUGGCAGCGAGGAAGAAGAAAGUCUCCUCUAUGAAGAGACACUAGAAGUGUUAUU